AUGAUAAGAGAGGAGGAUCAUCUCAGUAUAAUUGAUGUCCUAGGGAUAUUUAAAAACACUGUCUAUAGAGUCACUACAAAAGAUAAUAUAGUACUAGUCCGAGAUAUAGAAAUUAUCGAGAUAGCCCGCGAAAUCGAUCUAAAAGGCGAAAGAACUCUGCCUAUUAUGACUAAGAUCGACGUCGUAGAUCAAGGAACCUAA